AUGAAUGCGGUUGCAACACUGCGGUCAGACACAGAGGGUUUUGUUGAGGAUGGAUUUUCAGUGUUGAAGCCCAUUUGCAGUAUUCCCACCGACAGCACAGAGCUAUUUCAGUCGCUGGCGUGGAAUGGCGAUGGGACGUUGCUUGCCAUCCAUGAAGCAGAUCGUCGGAUUAAAUUGUUACCAUGGACUGAGAACAGUAUACCCGCACGGCGCGAAAACGGUGUUUUUGCUGAUGGAGGCUCUUUGCAAUUGCCGACAUCUAUACGUUCAUACGAGUGGCACCCUACGAGGUUAAGCCUGCUCGCACUCGCAGCGCGAGACGAGCCGAUAGCGUUAAUGGACACUGGGUCCGGCACUCGUACAGCGAGUUUCUAUUUGCAGGACCAUAACGAGCAGUUUAUAGCACCGCAUUCCAUCCAGAUUACAAUUGAUGGAAGGCAUCUAGUUGCAGCCACUAAGCAUCAAGUUGUGACGUUUUCCCUCGAACAGGGUGGAAUUCGGACACCUAUUGAAGUGCUGGCUACAUGUGGUCGUGACAUACCACUUUGGGAACCUCAAAUGAAAGGCAUUCUUUCGUGUGCCCAGCUUCAGCCUAUGUCUAUGACGAGUGGUGGUGCUACGGGAGUAAUUGCCAUUGGGUCUUUUGAUAACAGUUUGGGCAUUUACGAUCAUUACACUUCUCGGCCUUGUCAGUUGAAGAUCUCUCUUGAACAUGGGACUGGGGUUUCAUGUUUGCGUUGGUCACCAGACGGCUUGCAGCUGUUCGCAGCGUCACGUCAAAGCGAUGUGAUUGAGUGUUGGGAUGUGCGAGCAUGUCGAAGCUUGUACACCAUCCAAAGGCCCGGUCGCACCAACCAACGACUUGUGUUUGACGUUCUUGACAACGGCAUGCUUGUGUCUGGUGCUACUGAUGGCACAAUUCGGCUAUGGAGGGGUGAAGAGCUCAUCAAGAGUUGGGAUGGUUCCGCGGGAACUGGUAUUGCGGUGAAUUGCGUUCACCAGAGGCCAUCAGACGCCAAUAAACCUACUGUGCUAGCCAGUACAUACGGAGACAGAGCGGCAGCCGCCGCGGCCUUGCUGCAACCCUCAAGUGAUUCCCCACUGGGCCCUCUCUCAGAAGCCUAUAUUGCCAAAGCCGCGGCACCUAUCUCCGCAGCGGCCGUGUGGGAUGUCGAUUGUCUUCGGCUUUAG